UCCGGUUUUUCAUGACACACUUUUAUUAUUCUUGUACCUUAAACAACAAUAUAAUUUACGCUUUACACUUUAUUAAAUUAAAAAUUAUAUUUAGAAAUUACUUUUAAAUAAUUUUAGUAAUUAUGAAGGGAGAGAAGACAUUCGAAGAUAGUUCGAUUUUUUACUUUUCAGAAAACAAAAUGGCGUUUACGGAGCGAAAUCGACGCGAUGCGUUGUUCCGAUUUUAAAUUAUAAAUAUUUAUAAUUUUUUGUGUUUGUUGUGUUUUUAAUGUGUUAAAAAGUUUUACAAAUAUGGAGUUUGACGAGAUAGUGGUUAAAGAGACCCCCGGGCUUUGCCGGUGUUGUUUAUCGGAGGGAUGCUACAAAGAUUUGAGCACAGAAUACAACUGGAUGGAUGACCAAGAAAUAUACGCCGAUAUGCUGUUAGAAUGCUUUGAUAUUAGUAUAUCACAACACAUAGACGGCCCCAACGGCCCCAACAGGCUGAUCUGUGAGGUGUGCAUCACACGGCUGAGGGAUGCCUGCAACUUCAAGAAGCAGGUGCUGGACUCGGAGAAGAAGUUUGUGGAUAUGUUGGGCCGAGGAGAGUUUAGAGAGAGAGCAUUAUCAUACACUGAGUCGAAGACGGACAUCUCAUUGGAACUGCUGCCCAUCGAGGAGGGCGAGGUGGAGUACCUUGACAAUGAUAUGGACUAUGAUGAUGAUGUAGCAAACAAAGAUGAACUCGAAGCAACAGUAUCAGAGGAAGUCACAGUGGCUCCUCUACCCGCUAAAGGCAAAAGGGGACGACCAAAAAAGACUGUAGUCAAGGCGGAGAAGAAAAAACCCAAAGUGGACGAUAAACCCAAAACGAGGAUUGCUAAAGAUGAAGGCCCGCACGAGACCUGCACAUCUGUGCGGAGAAGGAAAAAUUUGGAAACGCUUUUCAACAACAGCACGAUAGUGCCAUUCAAAUGGCGCGGGAAAUAUCUCUGCUUCUAUUGUGGCUUGAGUUUCAUUGAUUACGUGGAGUUUAGAAGACAUACUGAUGCCCACGAACCUUGCAGCAUUACGGACGACGCGUUGAAAGUCAUCAAGGGCAAUCAUAUAGAAAUUAAAGUCGACAUAUCCGAAAUGACAUGCCAAAUCUGUCUAGAACCGUUCGAGAGUUUAACGGAAGUUGUCGACCAUUUGAUUGGUAAACACGAUUUAGAAUACGACAAAACUGUGGAUAUACCAUUCCAGGAGUACAGCUUGCUCGAUUGUCAGUGCCGUUUGUGUGACCAGAAGUUUACGUAUUUUGGCAAUUUGAUAAUGCACACCAACAACGCUCACCCCAAAAACAGUUUCGUGUGCGACAACUGUGGAUUAACAUUCAACAAGAAGAGGGACUUGGCGCUGCAUUUACGAAACUUCCAUAAAUAUGGAGGUCAUCAGUGCGAUGAGUGCGCGAAAGUGUUCCCCAACCGCGUGCUUCUAAUAAAUCACAAGAACAAUUUCCAUUUCAGACGAUGCCAACUGUGCGAUGCGUACUUCCCUUCCUACACGUUGUUUCAUAGGCACAUGGAAAGCGACCAUCCUGGACAGAAAGUCUGCUCGUAUUGUUCCAAAAAGUUCAAACAUGCGACCAGUUUGAGACAUCAUCUCAGGAGUUGCGGAUCAAAAAGCAACACAGUGAAAGUGCCGGUGUUCCCCGAGGAGACUUUCCGACCGAAGCAGAAAAGGGACAUAAAACAGAUACGGAAGAACAUCCAGUGCAUAUUGAAUAUGUCGACCGCUGUGCCGUUUCGAUUCUUCUCCCGGUUCUCCUGCUUCCAUUGUUCCAAAAAUUUCGUCGAUUUCGAAGAGUUGAAGACACACGUGUUCGACGAACAUCCCGUGUGCGAUUUGAACGACAAAAGCAUGAAGAAGUGCAAAGGCGAGAGGACAACAGUUAAAAUCGACAUCUCAGAGCUGUCUUGCAAAGUGUGCUCGCAAAGUAUGGACGAUCUGGACGAUCUGAUCGACCAUUUGAUAAUGAAACACGACGCGAUCUACGACAAAUCCAUAACGGAUUGUUUCGAUCCGUUCAAAGUCAUCAAGGACAAUAUACCAUGCAACAUUUGUCCGCAACAGUUUCGAUACUUCGGCUCGCUGCUCCGCCACAUCAAUUCUGAGCACAGCAAUAACAACAAAAUAUGCGACCACUGCGGGCGGACGUUUAAAAACGUCGCCAAUUUAAACGUCCACAUAACGUACGCACAUGCGGGUACUUGUGAAUGUUCAGUUUGCGGAGCUAAGUACAAGAACCAGUGGUGUUUGGGGCGGCACAUGGCGAAGUGCCACAACGCCAAAGACUUCCAGUGCACCAAAUGUUCGGAACGGUUCCCUUCUCAGUAUCACAAACAGAAGCAUAUGAUACAAGCUCACGAAAUUGGUCACAAGUGCAGUUACUGUGAGAAGAUGUUCACAAGAAACUCCUUCAUGAAAGACCACAUAAGGAGGACACAUUUGAAGGAGAAAAACGUUCCUUGCUCCGUCUGCAAUGAGAAGUUCUUCGACAAUUACCUUCUAAGGUUGCACAUGGUUAAACACAAGGGCGAAAGGAAUUAUAGUUGUGAGGUUUGCGGGAAAGCCUUCAUGAGGCGGAGUGCGAAAUUGUGCACGAUGGAGGACAAAUGUAAGAAAACAGAGACGGUGCGCAAACUGUUGCUAAAACGGCGUAACGUUGAGUACGUGUUGGAGUACAGUAACGUUACCCCGUUCAUGUGGUACAAGGGAAAGUACAGAUGUUUCUAUUGUAUAGAGCCUAUGAAGGACCCGGUCACGCUCAGAGAGCAUACCGCUGUGAUGCACCGAAACGUUAACUUGGAACUGAUAGUUUUUGAUAGAACCAAAAACAAUAGGAACAGAGACGCCGCUGUCAAAAUCGACGUCACCGAUAUAUCUUGCAAACUGUGCCCUCAAGCUGUUAACUCUCUAGAACAGUUGAUCAACCAUUUGAUCAUAGCUCACGACGCGGAGUACGAUGUGAACGUUCCGAAUUGUCUUUUGCCUUUCAAACUCGACAAGGAUCAACCUUCAUGCCCCAUUUGCAAUAUUAAAUUUGUUUUCUUCGAAUAUUUGCUGCGCCACGCAAAUAAGCAUCAUUUGUCCCACGAUUACAUUUGCGAUGUGUGCGGCACCAGUUUCCAAGGCGAAAACCAUUUGAAAAUGCACAAUAGAUACUACCAUAGGGAGGGAGGAUACACUUGCGAUCACUGCGGUAUCAGCUUAGCUACGCUGUCCAAAAAGACGUUGCACGAGAAAAACGUGCACAUGGUCAAUCUAUCCAUGUGUCCCCAUUGCCCGGAGGCUUUUAAGAGUCCGUAUUUCAAGAAGCUACAUUUAGCCAACGUUCACGGAGUCGAGGAAUUGAAGAUCAAAUGUCCUUAUUGCCCUAAAGUUUAUCCUCAAGAGAGCAUCAUGUCACGACACAUGAGACGGGUACAUUUGAGGGAGAAGAAUGUAGAAUGCCAAGUCUGCGGUGACAAAUUUUUCGGGCCCUACGACGUUAAAUUGCACAUGCUUAAACACAAUGGUGAUAAGAAAUUUAUUUGCACGGUGUGUGGGAAAAAGUUUUCUAAGAAGAGCAAUUUGAAUUCUCACUUUUUGACUCACACGGGCCAGAAGAAGUAUAUCUGCACUGUUUGUGGGAAGGAGUUCGCUCAUCGGCCGAAUCUGAGGAUACACUUCAGGGUUCGCCAUCCGGAAUAUAUCACCGAACAAGGCGUGAGUGCCUCGGAUGACAUCGAGGAUGUGGGACUUGUUGAAAUAACUAGUCUAGAACUAGAAAGGGAAUUAGAAGGAGUAGAGGAAACUGUUUAAGUAUAUUUUUGUAAGUUUAUUCAUGAGAAAUAUCACAAAAGCAAUACCAUACAGAAAAGUCUGAAGAACGCUUUUAAAUCACUGAUCAUUUUGAUGUUGAAUCAGAAGAAAGUAUAGAGCUUCCUAAAAAUGUUUUAAGAAUUUAUAAAAUGUGUUUUAAAUGGUACCUACUUUUGUAAAUUAUUUUAACAUUAAGACUUGUGUUAUGACUCUUUGAAAUACUUACUAGAUAAAGGUGUUACAUAUAUGUUGAGUUUUAUUUUUU